GGAUUUCGUGGAAAGAUACCGCUGCGCUCCAUCUACCCUUCAUGCCUGAGCCUCAGUCCGUGCUAGUGCCCGGGUCGCCUUCAGAUAGCGCGAAGCUGGACUUUGAGGCCAAGGCAACUGCUUCGAUCGAGCAGCUAGAUCUCGUGGCCUACUACGAGAACAAUGCCGGACGGCUUGUUGUCGAUCCUGAGGAAGCGAAAGUAGAGUUUGGAGAAGAGGUUUCGAAAAGACUGAAGCUGACGGCCGACGGGAAGACAGUGCUGUGGCCUCAACCUGCCGAUGAUCCCGAGGACCCUCAGAACUGGUCGGACGUUCGCAAAGGCUUUCAGCUCUUUAUUAUCACUCUGGCCGCCAUCGUGCCCGAUUUCGACAACGGUAUAGUGACUGCUACCCUCUUUGCCACCGCAAGGCAGUUCAAGACGACGACGGCAGAGAUAAACGACUUGACAUUGAACUGGAGUAUAUUUCUGCUUGGGUGGGGCGGCAUAUUCGCCGUUAUGCUCAUCAGACGAUACGGACGUCUUCCAAUCUUAUUCUGGUCCCUGGUUCUCUCGUUGGCCUUUCUACUCGGUAACACAUUCUCGCCGGACCUGGCCAUCUUCGCUGCUAUGCGAUGUCUGGGCGGAUUUUUCGGGACGGCGUCUCAAGUGGCUGGCCUAUAUGGCAUCACUGAUAUGUUUCCUUUCCAUCUCCAAGCCCGCAAGCUGAAUAUCUGGACAAUGGGAUUUGUUGCCUCUCCAUUCCUUGGUCCCAUGGCAUUCGGAUUCUUGGUAGCGAGAGCCAACUGGCGCUGGUGCUAUGGAAUUGCUUGCAUUUUUGGUGCCAUAGUGCUCGCGCUGGUUGUACUUUUCGGUGAAGAGACUAUGUAUGAUCGCUCCCUGGAAAAUCCCAGGCCGUACCCUCUGCCGAAGUCCUGGGUUCGAAGGAGAUUGGAGCUUCUGAUCGGAAUUGCUGGCGCUCGCAUGGCGAAAUUCAGGGCCUCCUGGAAGGACGUAUCUAUCAUUUGGGUGCACUUGGUAUGGAGGCCGCAUAUCUUUGGUAUUCUGCUUUUCGAGGCAAUGCUGUUCGGGUUCGCUAUAGGCAUCAGCGUAACUAACGGUGUCCUUCUAAGCCACCCGCCACCUGUGGGAUAUGGUCUCGAUCAGAUGCGCAUUGCAGGAUGCUAUGCAACGCCUAUCGUAGGAGUCAUCCUGGGAGAGCUACUCGGCGGUUAUCUCAACGAUUGGAUCAUGUAUCUCUCGAUCCGUAGGAACAACGGUGUAUUCGAAGCUGAGAGCCGACUUUGGGCAUGCUACAUCACUGUGGCGUUCUACACAUGUGGCAUGAUACUACUGGGCGCCGGAUUGCAGAAGCAUCUCAACAUAGCGGCCUUCAUCAUCGGAUGGUGUCUCGUUCAGAUUACUACCAUGAUAAAUACCACGGUUGUCUAUGCAUAUCUCAACGAUUCAUUCCCCAGAUUCAAGGGCGAGAUGUCGGCCAUGCUGAACUUGGGACGAACGCUGGGAGGCUUCAGCGUGUCGUACUUUCAAGUCCCCUGGGCACUCAAGCACGGAGCUUUACAAACAUUUGGAUGCGAAGCGGCUGUGGUUGCAGCGCUUUUCCUGCUUAUUGUUCCUGUGUUGCAGUUGAAAGGGAGAGUACUGAGGAGCCGGUUCUCGAUGUAGCGAGAGAGCUUUCAAAUGUGGAAGGUGAUCCUUGCGAUUCAGAUAUUUUCCCAUAAGGCAUCAGUUGAUUUCUGGUAAUAUGCUAUUGCGUAUACUCAUGGUCACAGUAUAAAUAAGCUUCAGUUGCCAGUAUGCGACUGAAAGCUUGGUUAACUGGC